UCACGUUCGCUUGCAUGUAAAAAAAAAGUGAGGACGACUGAAUCUCUUCGCAUAUAUACACAGACUGAAUGAAAAGUCAGGCUCGUCUCCUGGCAGAUGUGCUCUUCAAGGCGGCAGAACUGAAGCUGUGCCAACAUCGCCCGUUUUCAUCCACAAAACAGGGAAGUCGCGUGAUUAUUGAUGACUUUUGGUGGAAAAAGCCCUCGAAUGGAGCAUACGGAGGAUUUCUGAGCGUUCAGCGAGGUGUUUCGCGACUGAUCUUCACAACACUUUACAUUUCGAAGGAGCCAAAUAUUGGACUGUGUUGUGUUUUGUGGAUGUGUUACGGGUAAAUAAACGCAGCGCUGCAUGUCUGUGAGAGACGGAGGCUUUGAGGAGAGAGAGAGACGGAGAGAUCCACGAUUUCAUCACUGAACAUCUGUGAAAAUCCAAUGGAUUCACUACUGAAAAUGCCAGGAUAUUUACCUUUUCUAAGCAUGACAGAGAACAGCGCGUUGUGAAAUGUAUUUCCAUGUUUCCGUCGGCACGGGAGCGCAACAUGUAUUUCCUGCGUGAUUCCCGUAUGCACGGAUAACGCACAGGAAGAGAAAUGCACCGUAACAGACUCUCUCAGGCCACGAUACGCGCUCCGAUCACGACAGCGUCUGUUUUCUCAAUCUGAGCUAGAUUUGGCGUUUUAUUUCCCUGAUCACGGGGGUGUCAUGUUGUUGAUCUGUGGCGAAGCGUCUGGUUCAAUGGUCGGGUCUCUUCACUCCUCCUGAUUGCUGAUGUUCUUCAUCCAUGAGCAGGAUUCACCAUGGAAACCCUCAGUGAGCGCUGGUGGACACCGAGGCUGGAUCCUGGCUUGAGGACGCAGAGGCUGAUGGAUGAGGUGUAAACAGCUUCCAUAUCCUUUCCGCCGCCUUCAUGUCAACUUGCUGAGACUUGUCUUUGGAGACAUCAGAAAAACAAAAAACAGAGGCGUGGGGUGCAUUUGUUGGAGAGCGUCUGUGGUGGGUGUCAGGGCCAUCAGCAUGCAUGCAGGGUCUAAACAUGCGAGGCAUGACAAUCAGGUGGCCACUCUUAGCUUUGGACAUCAUUUCUAGGCUUUCAGGUAGCAUGUUUGUGGACUGCUAGGUCUUGUAGUUUUUAUAGCAUCUUUGAGAACACGUCUCCCAGAAUGCCUCGUAACCGGGCCUUUUCAGAGCCGGAGUACUCUGCGGAGUAUUCAGCGGACUGCUCCGUCACCUUGCCCUCUGACCCCGGGCAGGCGGUGGGACGCACCCAUGAGGUGACGGUGCGCAGCUCUGGCUGCUGCCUGUGUCUGCCGCGCUUCAUGCGUCUGACCUUUGCGCCGGACUCUCUGGAGAAUCUCUACCAGACCUAUUUCCGACGGCAGCGGCACGAGACCCUGCUGGUGCUGGUGGUGUUCGCGGCGCUCUUCGACUGCUACAUCAUUGUGAUGUGCACUGUGCUCUACACGGCCGAUAAGCUGGCAUCGGUGGCCGUGGCAUCUGUGGGUCUGGCAGCAGAUGUGCUGCUGUAUUUGCUGUGCCGGUACGGCCUGCUGCCGGACCGCGUGACCCGCCGCCUCGUGCCCUACGCCCUAUGGGUGCUCAUAGCAGCCCAGAUCUUCUGUUAUCUAGGACUGAACUUUGCCCGCUACCAUCAGCCCAGCGACACCGUAGGCUGGCAGGCGUUUUUCAGCUUCUCCUUCUUUCUGACGCUGCCGCUGAGACUGACCCCUAUAGUGCUGAUCACCAGCGUGUCCUGCGGGGUCCACACUCUGGUCCUGGGGGUCACCAUCGCCCAGCAGCAGCAGGAGGACAUCCAGGGCGCCGCUCUGGGAAGACAGUUGCUGGCCAACAUGGUGAUCUACGUCUGUGCCAUCACAGUGGGCGUCAUGUCGUAUUACAUGGCCGACCGCAAACACCGAAAGGCUUUUCUGGAGGCGCGUCAGUCUCUGGAGGUCAAACUCAACCUGGAGGAGCAAAGCCAGCAGCAGGAGCGUCUGCUGCUGUCUAUUUUGCCCAAACACAUCGCAGACGAGAUGCUCCAGGACAUGAAGAAAGAAGCCAGUCAGAAGGAGAUGCAGCAGUUCAACACCAUGUACAUGUACCGGCACGAAAACGUCAGUAUUCUGUUCGCAGACAUCGUGGGCUUCACUCAGCUGUCCUCAUCCUGCAGCGCGCAGGAACUGGUGAAACUGCUCAACGAACUGUUUGCGCGUUUCGACAAGCUCGCGGCGAAAUACCACCAGUUGAGGAUCAAGAUUCUGGGCGACUGCUAUUACUGUAUCUGUGGCCUUCCAGAUUACCGAGAGGAUCACGCCGCCUGCUCUAUCAUGAUGGGUUUGGCCAUGGUUGAGGCCAUCUCGUAUGUGCGGGAGAAGACGCAGACGGAUGUGGACAUGCGUGUCGGUGUUCACUCGGGGACAGUUUUGGGUGGUGUGCUCGGACAGAAGCGCUGGCAGUACGACGUCUGGUCCACUGAUGUGACUGUAGCCAACAAGAUGGAGGCCGGAGGAAUACCAGGGCGAGUGCACAUCUCCCAGAACACCCUGGAGUGUUUGCACGGGGAGUUUGACGUGGAGCCGGGGAACGGAGGCGACCGCUGCGAGUACCUGAAGGAGCGCGGCAUCGAAACCUACCUGGUGGUCCUUCCCAAGGGGCCUGUGGGCAAAAAUGGCAUCAACGGAGUAAAGCUUUCAGUGACGUCGUCUAACGGUAAUUCUCCAUUGCUGAUCAACACUACGGAGUGUAACGGAAGCGUCCACACGGCCUGCACCACACCGGAGGAUCCAGAAGAGCUCGACACACGGGUGGUGAACCCGUCGUUCCCGAACCCGCGGCGUCGCCUGCGUCUGCGAGAUCUGGCGGAGAGAGUGAUCGACGCUCAGGAGAACGAACAGGAGCUCAAUAAACUCCUCAAUGAAGCUCUGCUGGAGAGAGAAACUGUGCAGGCGCUGAAAGGGAAGUACACCAACCGUCUGUCCCUGCGCUUCACCGACCCCGAGCUGGAGACGCGCUUCUCAGUGGAGAAGGAGAAGCAGAGCGGCGCCGCGUUCAGCUGCUCGUGUGUGGUUUUACUCUUCACUGCUGUCAUGGAGGCCCUCAUCGACCCCUGGUUGGUUGCGAACUAUGUGACUCUGGCUGUUGGGGAAGUGCUGCUGCUUAUUCUUACCAUCUGUUCUCUGGCGGCCAUUUUUCCACGGGUAUUUCCAAAGAGGCUGGUGUCAUUCUCCACUUGGAUUGACCACACACGCUGGGCUCGCAACACUUGGGCCAUGGCUGCCAUUUUCAUAGUCACAUUGGCGGACAUAGUAGAUAUGUUGAGCUGUCGUGCGCCUCAGACCUCCACAGUGGAGUCCACUGCUGUUCCUCCAGUCGCUCCCGCCAUCCGUGGCUGUGCAGAAAAUCCCAAAUACUACAGUUUCAUCGCCGUCCUGGCGCUCAUCGCCACCACCAUGCUGGUGCAGGUCAGCCACAUGGUCAAACUCACGUUAAUGCUGCUGAUCACUGUGGCCACCGGUGCGGUCAACAUCUACAGCUGGAGCCAAACCUUUGACCUCUACGACCUCACCCGCUUCAAGGAGUACAGGGUUAAUCUGGUGCCAUCCAAAUACACCAUGAGUGUGAUGAUCUUCAUCAUGAUGGUCAGCUUCUACUACUUCUCCCGACAUGUAGAGAAACUGGCCCGCACACUCUUUCUGUGGAAGAUUGAAGUGCACGAGCAGAAGGAGAAGGUGUAUGAGAUGCGGCGCUGGAACGAGGCUCUGGUCACUAAUAUGCUCCCGGAGCAUGUGGCCAGGCACUUUCUGGGCUCUAAGAAGAGAGACGAGGAGCUCUACAGCCAGUCCUACGAUGAGAUUGGAGUCAUGUUCGCCUCCAUCCCAAACUUCUCCGACUUCUACACGGAGGAAAGCAUCAACAAUGGCGGGAUCGAGUGCCUGAGGUUCCUCAAUGAAAUCAUUUCUGAUUUCGAUAGUCUUUUGGACGAGCCACAGUUUCGCUGUAUAACCAAAAUCAAGACGAUUGGCAGCACCUACAUGGCCGCAUCAGGAGUCACCUCAGAUAACAACACCAACGGCUACGCUUGUAUGAAGAAAGAAGAGAUUUCCGACAGGGAGCGUUGGCAGCAUUUGGCGGAUCUUGCUGAUUUUGCUCUGGCCAUGAAAGUCACGCUGAUGAACAUCAACUACCAGUCCUUCAAUAACUUCAUGCUCCGCAUCGGACUGAAUAAAGGGGCUGUUUUGGCGGGUGUAAUUGGGGCCCGCAAACCUCACUUUGACAUUUGGGGAAACACUGUGAACGUCGCCAGUCGCAUGGAGUCCACAGGGGUGAUGGGAAACAUCCAGGUGGUGGAGGACUGUUACUGCAUCCUGAAGGACUACGGUUUCCGCUUCGUCAGGCGGGGACCCAUAUUCGUCAAAGGCAAAGGAGAGCUGCUCACAUACUUCCUCAAGGGACGCGAAAAACAAGGCUCCUUCAUCAACGGCUCGUUUGUCACCCUGCCGCACCAAGUGGUGGACAGUUCUUGACCCACACACACUCACACAUACACACUCACGCAAACACACCUCACGUCAUACCUCCUCUGCCGAGUACAUGUGCUCCAGUUAUUAGUACUUUCAAAUGUGUUUUCUCUAUUUAUUAGGACGAGGACAGAAGGUUUGGCAGGAAGCAAGAGAGAGAGAGACUUUCUGAUUGCGUAGGUACUGAUGUAAUAAGGUGCGAGCAAAACAAAACACACAGUUUUAAGUCCCACACAGAAUACAUUGAACUUUACUGUAUGUUUGCUCUGCUCAGAGGAAACGCUCCAUUUGUUUAAAGAUUUCCCUGAUUAUUUUUUAUUUAAAGAUUGUUUGAAUGUAGGAAAGCAUACUGGACUGGCUUUUCCUCUUAUGGGAGUGUGCGCGCUCGUGUGUCUGUGUGGAUUUCCUUAUAGGUUUUAGACAAUUUUAGUUUUUACGUUUAUAUUGGGCACACAAUGGGGCUGGAAAGUCUGAGACUGCUUAAAAUUAUUAAUAUUAUUUUCUAUUUAACCAUAACAAAAAUGACUGAAUCUUUUUUCAGAUUGUUCCAGAAAUAUUUAAAUUCACACAAUUAAUAUUAAAAAUAUUCUGUUCAUAUAAAUAAUCAUUUUUUACCUUAAAAAUUCAGUUAAACGUCCCAUGAAGUGCUUUAAAAUGUGCAUUUUUAUUCGAAUGUAAUCUAAACCAAAACACGAUGAGAGGGUGGGACAUACUGUAGCUCCUCCUCUUGUUUAAAAAACAUCCAAUAGUGUUUUGCUUUAUCACAGCUCUACUAGUGAGAGUGGUUGAGCUCAAGCGCAUCAAAUGAAAAGCCAAUUAAAAGAAGGGGGGCGGGGCAUGUCAGAGACUGGAGAUCAUUUGAUUGGUCAGAAGAUUUAAUGAGAAACUGAAGGAUGAGGUGACGUGAAUAAAACUGUCGAUCCAUUUAGGCGGAAGUGACAAACUACAAGCUUUACAUGUUUAUAUCAGGUUCUAAAUGUGAAUUUUGUCACUGCUUUGGAGCUCAAACUUAUACACUCACUGGCCAUUUUAUUAGGUACACCUGUCUAACUGCUCGUUCAUGCAAGUUUCUAAUCAGCUAAUCAUAUGGCAGCAACUCAAUGCAUUUAGGCAUGUAGACAUGGAAGAGACGAUCUGCUGCAGUUUAAAGCGAGCAUCAGAAUGGGAAUUAAAGGGGAUUUAAGGGACUUUGAGCGUGG